AUGUCUUCGUUUAACAGCAGCAACAGCAACAAUAAUAACGAAUACGAAUACAAAUACAAAAACAAAAAUAACAAUCACAGCGCUAUUGAUGACGCCAAUAGUCACGAGAAAUCUACCCAUUUGUUUGUCCUAAUACACGGACUUUGGGGUACUCCCAAACACAUGUCUACUAUCGAGGACUUCAUCAAAGAGUCGAUCAAUGAUGAAGUUACAAAGGAUCAAAUAAUCACAUUGAAGCCAUCGUGUUUCGGGUUUUGGAAAACUUAUGAUGGAUUAGACUUGAAUGCAAAAAAGAUUAUUCAAGAGAUGUUCUAUGAGAUUGAAUCUCUUAAGCAAAAGAAUAAAUUGAUUGUAAAAAGAAUCAGUUUCAUUGGCUAUUCGUUAGGUGGUCUUUUUUCACGUUAUAUAAUUGGGCUCUUGAAUGAAAUCGGCUUUUUUGAACUAGUCGAGCCAGUGUUCUUUUGCACUUUUGCUACACCGCAUUUGGGGAUUCAUUUUUUCAGAAACAAUUUUUUUGACACGAUUGCAAACAAUUUGGGACCAUAUAUGUUUGGCAAAUCUGGUGGACAAUUGUUUAUUGCUGAUCAUGAGAAGAUUCUUGUUGCCAUGGCUGAUCCACAACAAAAGUAUAUGCAAGGAUUGCGCAAAUUCAAAAAACACAUAUUGAUGGCUAAUAUCAAGAACGAUAGAACAGUGGCUUUUUUUACCUCUUAUAUAACGUCGUACUCGCCAUUUGACGAGUUGGAUAAGAUCAAAGUUAAAUACCUUAAAAACUUGCCCCACUCGGAAAUUGCAACCAAAUCAGUCAGGCCCAAAUUCGUUGAUCUUACUCGUUCUCGCAAAAUUGAACCAAAUGACGCCAAAAGCUUCAUUGGUAACUUACAAGAGGAAACACCUGUUUUCAGGAGGUACAAAAUUGUGAAAUUUUGCUUUCUCGUGUUGAUAUGUUGCUUUGUUGUUCCAUUUUGGAUUCCCUUUGUUCUCAUCACAAGUUCCAUAGUGUCAAUCUACAGUUAUAUCAAGGUGAAGGUGCAUAGUAUUCCUGAUAUCAAGAGUCACUGGGAGAGGGCUUCUGACUAUUUAUACGGCGGAGACGCGAUUGAUCUGGAUGAUGCUAAAGCCGGACAAGAACGUAGGGAAAGAAGAAACAGACUUGUCAAGCAUGAAAGUUUCAAGGGAGAUACGUCACAACUAGCUGAAAAUACUAUGGAGGGAAUUAUGUAUGCGGAGGAGAAAUUUGGAAGUGGGAAAAGGAGUGCUGGUGCUGAUAUUAGCGAUGAAGAAGAUGAGGAUGAAAAGGAUGAAGAAUAUGAAAUCGAAGCUAAAGCUGGAGACGUAGAUGAAAAGACUUUUUCAAGUGACAUCUCCAAUAGAACUAAUGAAAACGGUGAAUUUAUCAGAAAUGUUGGAAAUGUUGGAAAUGUGAAUGGUACAAAACUCAAUCCUAAAUUGAUCAACUUGGACUACCAACUACAUGACGAAAAGAUGAAUGAACAUUUGUCUACUCUACAAGAAUAUGACAGAUUUAUUCUAUUCAAAGAUGAGGCUAAACUAGAGUUGGAUGAAGAUAGGGCAUUUAUAGAGCGAUCCUUAAAUCUGUUGAAUUGGAUCAAGAUUCCCGUUUUUCUUGACGUUUGGAAUGCGCACGAUGGAAUUGUGAGCCGUAGAGGUGUCAAAUCAAACCCCAAGGGUGCAGCAACGAUUGGCCUUUGGGCUUCAAUAUUAAGAAAUUACUUGCGAGAACAAACGGAACCCCCAGAGGGUAAAAGCUAA